CUUCACGCAUCGUAUUUAGAGUUGAAAAUUAUUUUCAACUACAAGAAUGGAUGUAAAUCCUUCGUUUCAAUGAAAAAUAAUAAAUUCUUCUAUUUGCCAAUUGAUAAAAAAGAAACUCAAGAAAAUGUAUCUAUAUAAUUUGACUCUUCAACGUGCAACUGGUAUCACUCAUGCAGUGCAUGGAAAUUUUUCUGGGAGUAAAAUGCAAGAAAUUCUGGUUUCACGUGGCAAGUCUUUAGAGCUGUUAAGACCUGACCCAAAUACUGGAAAAGUACAUACUCUUCUGACUGUAGAAGUAUUUGGAAUCAUAAGGUCUUUAAUGGCCUUUAGAUUGACUGGUGGUACAAAAGACUAUAUCGUUGUUGGAUCAGACUCUGGUCGCAUUGUAAUUUUGGAAUACAUUCCUGCCAAAAAUGUGUUCGAGAAAGUGCAUCAAGAAACAUUUGGGAAAAGUGGAUGUAGACGCAUUGUACCUGGACAAUACUUAGCUAUAGAUCCUAAAGGAAGAGCUGUAAUGAUAGGUGCAAUUGAGAAACAAAAACUUGUUUAUAUUCUGAAUAGAGAUCCAGAAGCUCGUCUUACAAUUUCUUCACCUUUGGAAGCACAUAAGAGCAAUACAUUAGUUUAUCAUACUGUGGGAGUAGAUGUGGGUUUUGAAAAUCCUAUGUUUGCCUGUUUAGAAAUUGAUUAUGAGGAAGCAGAUAGUGAUCCAACAGGAGACGCAGCAGUGAAGACGCAACAAACAUUAACUUUAUAUGAACUUGAUCUUGGUUUAAAUCAUGUUGUGCGUAAAUAUAGUGAACCUUUAGAAGAACAUGCGAACUUUCUUGUAUCUGUUCCUGGAGGAAAUGAUGGACCAAGUGGUGUUCUUAUUUGUUCCGAAAAUUAUUUAACAUACAAAAAUUUAGGGGAUCAGCACGAUAUUCGUUGUCCAAUUCCAAGGAGACGUAAUGAUUUAGAUGAUCCUGAAAGAGGCAUGAUAUUUGUUUGUUCUGCUACUCACAAGACCAAGAGUAUGUUUUUCUUUUUGGCUCAAACAGAACAAGGAGAUAUCUUUAAAAUUACACUUGAGACAGAUGAAGAUAUGGUGACUGAGAUUAAAUUAAAGUACUUUGACACUGUACCUGUAGCAGCAAGCAUGUGUGUUUUGAAAACUGGUUUUUUAUUUGUAGCUUCAGAAUUUGGUAACCAUUAUCUCUACCAAAUUGCACAUUUAGGAGAUGAUGACGAUGAGCCGGAAUUUAGUUCUGCUAUGCCUCUGGAAGAAGGUGAUACAUUCUUUUUUGCACCAAGACCACUUAGAAAUUUAGUACUGGUUGAUGAAAUGGAUAGUUUAUCACCAAUAAUGGCAUGUCAGGUAGCUGAUUUAGCAAAUGAAGAUACUCCACAAUUAUAUAUAACUUGUGGUAGAGGACCACGAUCUACAUUGCGGGUGUUACGGCAUGGUUUAGAAGUAUCUGAAAUGGCUGUCAGUGAACUGCCUGGUAAUCCAAAUGCUGUGUGGACUGUUAAAAGAAGAGUUGAUGAGGAGUAUGAUGCUUACAUCAUAGUGUCCUUCGUCAAUGCUACUCUUGUACUUAGUAUCGGAGAAACUGUAGAAGAAGUGACAGAUUCUGGAUUUCUCGGUACAACGCCAACACUGAGUUGUUCUGCUCUGGGAGAAGAUGCCCUGGUGCAGGUAUAUCCCGAUGGGAUACGUCAUAUUCGAGCAGACAAACGUGUAAAUGAAUGGAAAGCUCCCGGUAAAAAAACAAUAGUAAAGUGUGCAGUGAAUCAACGUCAGGUUGUAAUUGCACUUACUGGGGGAGAAUUAGUAUACUUCGAAAUGGAUCCCACGGGGCAAUUGAAUGAAUAUACAGAACGAAAGAAGAUGCCAUCAGAAGUAAUGUGUAUGGCUCUUGGUAACGUAGCUAUUGGUGAACAAAGAUCAUGGUUCUUAGCUGUCGGUCUCCAAGACAAUACUGUGAGGAUUAUUUCCCUGGAUCCUUCGGAUUGUUUAGCACCUAGAAGUAUGCAAGCUCUACCAGCGGCCGCGGAAAGUUUAUGUAUUGUUGAAAUGGGUGCUAAAGAUGCAAAUAAUUCUGAAGAGCUAUCACCUCAGCAAUCCAGUCUCUAUCUAAAUAUAGGUUUACAAAACGGCGUCUUGUUAAGAACAGUAUUAGAUCCAAUUUCCGGUGACCUUGCGGAUACGCGUACGCGAUACUUGGGUUCCCGAGCUGUUAAGCUAUUUAGAAUCAAAAUGCAGGGAAAUCAAGCUGUACUUGCAAUGAGUAGCAGAUCGUGGCUGAGUUAUUAUUAUCAAAAUCGUUUUCAUUUAACACCACUAUCUUAUGAAAGUUUAGAAUUUGCAUCAGGCUUUAGUUCUGAACAAUGUCCUGAGGGAAUUGUUGCUAUUUCGACAAAUACGCUUAGAAUUUUAGCCCUCGAAAAGUUAGGCGCGGUAUUUAAUCAAAUUAGUUUCCCUUUGGAAUAUACUCCGAGAAAAUUUGCAAUUCACUCGGAUUCUGCACAUCUGAUAAUUAUUGAAACAGAACAUAAUGCGUAUACGGAAGAAACAAAACAGCAAAGAAGAUUACAAAUGGCAGAAGAAAUGCAAGAAGCAGCAGGGGCAGAAGAGGCCGUAGUAGCUAGAGAAUUGGCGGAAGCUUUCUUAUCCGAGGAACCCAAUGAGUCUGUGUUUGGAGCACCAAGAGCUGGACCAGGUUUAUGGGCAUCGUUAAUAAGAAUAAUAGCUCCCACAACGGGACAGACAUUUGAAGUUCAUCGUCUCGAGCAAAAUUUGGCUGCUUUAUGUUUAAGCCUUGUGAAAUUCGCUAAUCAGGGUGAUCAGCUAUUUCUCAUAGUUGGUAUUGCGAAAGAGUUUCAGUUGAAUCCAAGAGUUAGUAGUGGUGGCUUCUUGUAUACAUAUAAAGUAAACAGUGAAUGCACUAAUCUUGAAUUAGUGCAUAAAACUACUUUAGAUGAAGUACCUUUGGCUAUAUGUCCAUACCAAGGUAGGGUAUUAGUUGGCGUUGGUAGAAUGUUGCGUCUGUACGAUAUGGGCAAGAAAAAGUUGUUGAGAAAAUGUGAAAACAAACAUAUUCCCAAUGCUGUUGUCUCCAUCAAUGCAAUUGGACAAAGAAUUUACGUGAGUGACGUUCAAGAAUCCGUUUACGCUGUUAGAUACAAACGCCAAGAAAAUCAGUUGAUAGUCUUUGCUGAUGAUACACAUCCGCGGUGGAUAACGACAACUUGCGUAUUAGAUUAUGAUACAGUUGCUACCGCUGAUAAAUUUGGAAACAUUGCUGUUAUACGCUUAGCAAGUGGAAUUAACGACGAUGUAGAUGAAGACCCAACUGGCAACAAAGCUUUGUGGGAUAGAGGUUUAUUAAAUGGUGCCAGCCAAAAGGCAGAUACAGUUGCUUGCUUUCAUGUUGGUGAGACAGUCAUGUCUUUACAAAAAGCAACCCUUAUUCCCGGCGGUUCGGAAAGUUUAGUGUAUACAACAUUAAGUGGAACAGUUGGUGUUCUUGUUCCCUUUACCAGCCAUGAAGACCAUGACUUUUUUCAACAUUUAGAAAUGCAUAUGCGUUCAGAACAUCCACCACUUUGUGGAAGAGAUCACUUAUCAUUCAGAUCUUAUUAUUAUCCCGUAAAAAAUGUUAUAGACGGAGAUCUUUGUGAACAAUUCAAUUCUAUUGAACCGGUAAAACAGAAGAGUAUAUCUGGAGAUCUUGAACGAACAUCUUCCGAAGUAUCGAAGAAGCUCGAGGAUAUUCGCACACGAUACGCUUUCUAAGGAUAAAAUAUGUUCUACUGAUUUUACAAUUCAAUGUGUAUUCCGAAUAUGUGUGGUAUAAACUCUAACGUAACAUAAAGUGAGGACUGCAAUGUUGAAAACGUUUUUGACAAUGGUAUUUUAUGUUUUAAAAACAUUGUCCUUAAGAAUUUUUCACAGUCUUGGAAUAAAACAUCACUUUUUAAUUUUUUAGUUUAUCCUUGUUACAAUUUGACGAGGAAAAAAGCUAAAACUGAACCCCGAUGUAUAGCGAAGGAAAAAAUAGAAAAUGCCUUGUUGACCUAUUUCACCAUUCUAAAUACAACAUGCGCAUAACAGUGAACAAUAUACUGCUAAACAGUUCAAUUAAAAAUGAAUAAUUAAUUUUUA